CCACGGCAAAAUUCCAGCUUCAUUUCUCGCACCUCUCCACAAACGGCAAUUUUCCUGAUUGGGCCAUUUCUCGAUUCGCUCUAUUUAUCACUUAAUUGAAAAUAUGUCAAUUCCAACCUCUAUGCACUGGUAAUAGCGAAUACGAACAACAAUCAACAAUCAUCAAUAUAAAACCAUCAUUUCCUACUUUCAAGACUCUCUUCUUUCUAUUUUACCAUAAUCAUACAAAACAACAACAACAACCAUGAACUUCAACAUCUCCUCAAAAGAAGCUCAACAAUUAGAAGAAGAAUACUCUGCUCAUAAUUAUCAUCCAUUACCAGUUGUCUUCCAUAAGGCUAAAGGUGCUCAUGUUUGGGAUCCUGAAGGAAAUGAAUAUUUAGAUUUCUUGAGUGCUUACUCUGCCGUUAAUCAAGGUCAUUGUCAUCCAAAAAUUAUUCAAGCUUUAAUUGAUCAAGCUCAAAAUUUAACCCUAAGUUCAAGAGCUUUUUCAAGUGAUGUUUUCGGUUUAUUUGCUAAAUAUGUCACUGAAUUCUUCAAUUAUGAAAUGGUUUUACCAAUGAAUACAGGUGCUGAAGCUGUGGAAACUGGGUUAAAAUUAGCCAGAAGAUGGGGGUAUGUUAAAAAAGGUAUCAAACCAGAUGAAGCUAUUAUUCUUGCCGCUGAAAAUAAUUUCCAUGGUAGAACUUUAGGUAUAAUUUCAAUGUCUACAGAUCCUGAUGCAACUACACAAUUUGGUCCAUUCUUACCAAAAACUGGUCCUUUAAUUCCAGGAACCAAUAAAACUUUAAGAUAUGGUGUUAUUGAAGAUGUUGAAUUAGCUUUCAAAAACGCUGGUGAUAAAAUCGCAGCUAUCUUAUUGGAACCAAUUCAAGGUGAAGCUGGUAUUGUUGUCCCACCUCCAGGUUAUUUGGAAAGAGUUUCUCAAUUAUGUAAAGAAUAUAAUGUUUUGUUCAUUUGUGAUGAAAUUCAAACUGGUAUUGCAAGAACAGGGAAAUUAUUAUGUUAUGAACAUUCACAAAAUGUUAAACCAGAUAUUGUUUUGUUAGGUAAAGCUAUUUCAGGUGGUGUUUUACCAGUUAGUGCUGUUUUAUCAUCAAAAGAAAUCAUGUUGACUUUAGAACCAGGUUCUCAUGGUUCAACUUAUGGUGGUAAUCCAUUAUCUUCAAGAGUUGCAAUUGCUGCUUUAGAAGUUGUUAAAGAUGAAAAAUUAGUUGAAAGAUCAGCUGAAUUGGGUGAAUUUUUGAAACAAGAAUUAAUCAAAUUACAAAAAGAAUCUAAUGGUAUAAUCAGUGAAGUUCGUGGUGUUGGUUUAUUAAGUGCUAUUGUUAUUGAUUCUUCAAAAGCUAACGGAAGAACCGCUUGGGAUUUAUGUUUAUUAAUGAAAGAUCAUGGUGUUUUAGCUAAACCAACUCAUGAUCAUAUUAUUAGAUUAGCUCCACCUCUAGUUAUUAGUAAAGAAGAUUUAUUGAAAGGUGUUGAAUCCAUCAGAAGUUCAUUAGUCAAACUACCAACCGUUGAAAAAGCAAGUCAUUAGAUGAUAACUUUUCCAUCGAUGUAUAUAUAUAAAAUAAGUUUCAUUUCUUAUUUAUAAGAUUGAUGCCUGUAGAAUAUUUGAGUUAUUUAUAUGCUUAUAAGGGAAAAAGUGAUGCCAGAUAUCGAACACAUCUUUUCAAAAGUUUAUGAUAAACUAUUCAACAUCUAAAGAGUAUCUGAUAUUAUAAUUUGUUACUCAGUCGCGUUAUGCCUUCGUAUUUGAAGUGAUCAU